CCACUUCCUGCAAGCCAUCCAACCUUGACUCUCCGGACCAAGGAUACUCAACCCCUAGAAACCAUGGCCGACGAGAGCCAUCCGGCGCAUCUGUCGCCUAGCGAACUGGGCACGAAGGAUUACUGGGAAACAUUCUACGCCCGAACCCUCACCCACCUCUCCACGAAACACAACCCCUCCACCACAACCACCAAACCCCCUCCCAAAGACGACGAAAACUCUGACGCCGACUCCGACGACGAUGAUAUUGACGACGAUUCGGACCCCGGUACCUCCUGGUUCUCGGAACAUAAUGCCCCGGAUAAAGUGCUGCAGUUUUUGACGGAUGAGGAGUUUCCCCUUGCGCCUGUGAAUACUAUACCUGCUUCCUCUUCCUCACCCUCCUCUGGGGAAGAUAAAGAAGGCGGUGGUGGUAGUGGUCAACCGAGUAUUCUGGACUUGGGAACCGGCAACGGAAGCAUGUUAGCGCUACUUCGCAAACGGGGCGGAUUUAGGGGUGAGAUGGUGGGGGUGGAUUAUUCGAUUCGGAGUGUGGAGUUGGCGAGGGAGUUGCAGAGGUUGAGGAUUCAUUCGGCUUAUUUGUCUGAUUCUGAUGAUUCUGAUUCCGAUGCUGAGGGUGAGGAUGAGGGCAAGGAUAAAGAUACCAACAUCCGCUUCGAAGAAUGGGAUAUCCUACACCAUGGGGAAAACAACACCGAGAACGAAAAGGGAACAUUGGAUUGGUUCCCGUAUGACAAAGGCGGGUUUGAUAUUGUUUUGGAUAAGGGGACGUUUGAUGCGGUGUCGUUGUCGGAUGAGGUGGUUGUGGAAGGGGAUGGGGAUGAUACGGCUGCGUCCGCGUCGGGGAGGAAGAUCCAGCGGCGCGUGUGUGAACGGUACCCUGGGAUUGUGAGGGGGUUGGUGCGAAAGGGGGGGUUUGUGGUGGUUACGAGUUGUAAUUGGACCGAGGAGGAGUUGGUGCAUUGGUUUACUUCUUCUACUGGUACUACUGGUAGUGGUGGUGAAGGGCAAGAGGAUCGAUUGGUAGUUUGGGGUCGGGUUGAGUAUCCUCGGUUCCGGUUUGGGGGGAGAGAAGGACAGGGAGUGUGUACGGUGUGUUUCCAAAGGGUAGAGGGGAAGAAAGAGGAAGCUUGA